GCUGCGCGUGGGUCGAAGCGGCCAAUGGGCGGCUCGGGGCCGGUUUAAAAGGUGGCGCCGUUGGACGGGACGGUGUUCUCAUAUGUUUGAGAGCUAUUUGGACUUUGCCGUUCCGAGCUUUCUUGUGCUGUCGCUUUCUGAGGGUGUUCUCAUCAAUUUGAAGAUGUCAACUCUGAUUUUUGUUGAUCAGGAGAAUGGUGAACUUCAUGCUCCCAGGAGUCAGCUGAAGCUCCAUUCAGGAUCUUCAAAAGUCCCAGCUGAACGAGCACAAGUUAACACUCCACUUCCUAAAAAAGCAAUCAGUACUUCUCCGGUCACAUCUCACUCUGUCAGAAAGGCUCUUGGAAAUGUCAAUAAAACUGGAGGAGUUGUGACCAAGAUGGAUACGAUAAUACAGAAAAAUCAGCCUUGCACUGUGAACCAAACUGGAUUAGAAAGCUGCCAUACAGUGGCUGAAGAAGAUUGGCCAGAAAUAGAAAAUAUGUUUCCUUCGGAUCCUCAAGACUUUGAGAGUUUUGAUGUUCUAGAAGAAGAAGAAAAACUAAGCAAUAUCAACCUGUCUGGUGUUCCCCUCAUGGUAUUUGAAAGGACAUAUGGCAGAUGUGUGAACAUGGCUCCUUCACCUGUGGAGUUUGAAGAGACUUCAUGGGAAUCCGACUUACUACAGUCGACUGCUGACUUCCUUGCUACCCUGGAUGAGAUCAUUGACAUGCCACCUCCAAAUGCAUAUAUUUAAUGUGUGCUCUCGUGUUUCUUUUGAGGUCAAAUUUCAUUUAAUUCUAUAUUUUAAUAAAAGGCUAGUUUAACCUCUA